AUGGGUCCCUUCCCACCAUCUACUGGAAACCAAUACAUUCUUGUGGAUGUGGAUUAUGUUAGUAAAUGGGUUGAGGCGGUUGCUCUUCCUUCGAAUGAUUCAAGGGUGGUGAUAAAGUUCAUAAAGAAGCACAUCUUCACCUGCUUUGGCACUCCAAGGGCAAUCAUAAGUGAUGAAGGUAAGCAUUUCAUUAACCAUCUUGUUAAAAACCUUCUUGCUAAGUAUGGUAUUCGUCAUAAGGUUGCUACAACUUACCAUCCUCAAACGAGUGGUCAAGUAGAGGUCUCGAAUAGAGAGGUGAAGAAAAUUUUGCAGAAAACGGUGAAUGCGCAGAGGAAAGAUUGGUCUGAGAAAUUAGAUGAUGUGUUGUUGAACUUGGACCCCGAGCUGGCCGGUAAAAAAAGAGUGAAUCAGUUGCAUGAACUUGAGGAGUUUAGGCUCCACGCUUAUGAGAAUGCCAAGUUUUACAAAGAAAAGACGAAGAGGUCACAUGACAAGCACAUAGUAGCUCGUACUUUCAAUUCGAGAGAUAAUGUACUACUCUUUAACUCUAGACUAAGGUUAUUCCCCGAAAAACUAAGGUCGAAGUGGAGUGGUCCUUUCGAAGUGAUCAGAAUGACACAACAUGGGGUUGCUGAACUUAAAGGUAAGACUGGCCUUACGUUCUUGGUCAAUGGGCAAAGGGUGAAACACUACUUUGGUGAGGAUUCAAAUCGUGAUCGGGAGGCUCUUGAGCUAAAUGAUGAAUGA